AUGGGUGCUAGAGAUUUUAUAAAGGAGAAAGGGGCAGUUAAGCCUCAUGCAUCUUCUGACUUUAUUAAACAUCCGGCGCAUCAUCAUCAUAAGAACCCGCAGCAGCAUCAACACAUCCAGCAGCAACAACUGCAGCAGCAACAGCAACAAAUCCAGCAGCACCAUUUACAUAUGCAGCACCAAAUGCAACAAGUUAUUCAGCAUGCGCAGCAUAUGCAGCAAAAGAAACAGCAGCAUACCCAUACAAAUACACAUAAAAAUACAGCACAAAGGGGGGCAAGGCAGACACAACCAGCUGCUGCUGCUGCUGCUGCUGCUGCUGCUGCUGCGACAGGAGCAGCGCUACAGCAAAGACAAGGCAACAGCAAACAACAGCAGCAACAGCAACCAAAACAAACAACUCUUGAUGCUCUCUCCGGAAGGCUGCUGCAGUCCCUCGUCUAUCAUCUGCAGCAGCAGCAACAGCAGCCACAGCAGCACCAGCAACACCAGCAGCAGCAGCAGCAGCAAAUAGAUUCAUUCGACAACUUACCCAGCAGCUGGCCGGCACUGCAACAGGCAAAGCCCCUUGCACCACCUGGCAGUGCUGCUGCUGUUGUCGCUCCAGCAGCAGCAGACCCAACAUCUGCUGCUGCUGCUGCUGCUGCUGCUGCUGCUGCUGCUGCUGGGAAUACCCCACAGUGCCUUGAGAGUAAACGCCUCCGACGCAUGCGGGGGAAGCAGAGAGGCAGCGAAGUGCAGCAAAAGCUGCAGCGCGACUCUACCUUGGGGCUGCCCUCAAUAUGCAUGCAGCACAGCAGCUUCCAGGAGCAGCAGCAGCAGCAACAGCAGCAGCAGCAGCAGCAGGACGGCACAGCCCAAUCCGGUGCUGUUACUUCAGCCCUCCUUCAAAUGCUGCAAGCUACAAACACACAGCUGGCGAACCUCACAGGCUGUGGGCUCUUCCUUGAUGCCCUAGAGCAGCAGCAGCAGCAGCAACAGCAGCAGCAGCAGCAGCAGCAGCAGCAACAGGAGGAACUAGAAGCCUUGGGCCUGGGUGAGGUGGUGUUUGGCUCACAGGAAGGCAAGGGUUUGCAGCAGCAGCAACAGCAGCAGCAGCAACAGCAACAACAGCAGCAACAGCAGCAGCAACAGCAGCAGCAACAGCAGCAGCAGCAGCAGCAGCAGCAGGGGCCCCCCCACAAGCCUCCUCGGGGGCCCCCUAUGCUAGUUACGAAAGGCUCUCUACCUGUUCGAAGUGCAGGCAGUAAAGUUUGUGUAGAGACAAACUACUGGGAAUUAGAGAGCACUGAGAGCUCAGAGACAGUCAGCAGCACAGCAGGAACGAGCGAAGAAAGCAGCAGCAGCAGCAGCAGCAACAGCAGCAGCAAAGACCAACUCGCAGCAACAGACAACAGAGAAGAGUGGAGCGAACAGCAGCAGCAGCAGCAGCAGCAGCAACAGCAACAGCAAAAGCAACAGCAGCAGCCGCAGCAACAGCUCCAACUACAACAGGUCCAGAUCCAGCAGCCGCAGCAACAGCAACAGCAGCAGCAACAGCAGCAGCAGCAGCAGCAGCAACAGCAGCAGCAGCUGCUGCUAGAGCAAGCACAUUCAAUUGCUGAUCGCCUCGGUGCGCUCUCACCGUUUGCCUACGCUGAUAUUUUUGCAGGUGGCGAGGAGCUGCAGCAGCUACAGCAGCUGCAGCAGCUGCAGCAGCUGCAGCAGCAGCAGCAGCAGCAACAGCAGCAGCAGCCGCAGCCGCAGCAACAGGGCGGAGCAGCAGGAAGCUCAGGCUCUUUAAAUAUAUUUAGCUGGUGA